GAAAAUAAUUUUUAUUUUGCAUUUAGAAGAUAGAUUCAAGUCGAACACAUGCUAAUUAUCAUAUCUCUGCAAACACGUGAUAAUGACUUAUAGAAUUCAAAAUUAAAAAUAUACAUUCAUACCCAUAAACCCAAAAGAAAAGAUUGUAUGAGUGAAACAAGAAAAAUGUAAAAAGAAAUAUGUGAAUCUAAUCUAAAAAUAUAUUAACUACACAAUAUGUAAUUAUCCAAGAGAAUUUUUAAGGUUGGUUAUUUAACUUUGAAACAAUGUUUGAAAUUGUUGGUCUAUGUAUAUGCAGUGCGUGUCUAUCAUUAGUUUGCUGUUUGGCUGCCGGAACUGCAUGUCUAAUACCACCCCUAGUUGAAGUACGUAACAAUUAUCUACAGAAGCAUUUACCAGGGCAAGUGGAUUGGAUAAUUGGUGGAGUACCCUGUACCAAAAAUAAUUACAAUUCAGAAACUUCUAAACCGGCAAAAGACAAAAGAUCGCCGUUACACGAUACGAAAUCUACGAUAUGUUGUAUGCAAUCGGAUAAAUGUCCAAGAAAUAUUCGGAUGGCAGAAAGUACACGUAAAGUCGAGGAAAGCUCCACGAAUGAAGCCAAAUCCGUUCGGUCGUCAAAUCUACCACGUGUUUCGUUACAUCGUACAGAAAUGGAAUUGCAAGCAAAACCUAAACUAAUGACAUCUAAUGAAAUUGGGCCAAAUCAAAUGUCUCGUACUGUACUUCCAUCGAAAUCAAUGUCACGCGAGAAUAAAGUGGCAGAGUCCAUAUCAAACAGACUGUUUCAAGAUAGAAUUGUUCUUAAACGAAUACCUGAGGACGGAGUACCAUCUAACGAAGCAGCUGCAGAUACAUCCAUUAGAUUAACUGAAGAUGAAGGAAAAUCUAAAAAUUCUUCACAAUUGGAAAGAGAAUUAAACGAAUUUUUCGCAAUUAAAAAACCCUCUCCCGAUAAAUAUGCAUCCCAGGAUGACGUCGCACUCGAGCAACCACUUCCGGUUGCUGCUGUACCACAAGAGGAUUUCAUUCGAGAUACAAAGACCGUCGAUACGCUGUCUCCUAGAAAGUUAUCUAAACAAUUAUCUAAGUUAAAAAGUCCCUCGAAUCGAUCGUCGUCAAGUGAUAAACAAUUGGGACGAUUAUUUUCGAAUAAAAUACGUCAAACGAACAAUAAUAGUAUUCCUGAGCAAAAUGAAACUACAUUUGACAGACCGUCGAUAAAUCAAAACGUAGUUGAGGAUAGUCAACCAAAAAAUGUUUCUGGAAAGUUAUCUCGACAAGGAGAGUUAUCAAAAAUAUCUAAUAAUAUAGAUAUUCCCGUGCUGCCAACUGAGUGGAAAGCACCUGUAGCAUUCGAAAAUUCAUCCAGACGAAAAACAUUAUAACUAAAUAAAUCAUUAGAAAAAUGUCUUCACAAGACUCUUUACGUAAGUCUGUAUUAACAUUGUUACUAAAAAGUUUUAUUUUCCAAGUAUAAAACGUAAUUGCACAAAAUCAUAAAUUCAACGAGGAAAUUUCAUUUUAAAAUUAAACCAGUGACGUAAAACACAAAAGACUCGCUGUCAAAAAGUCAAUUGACUAUCGUAUAAAUGACCUGUCAAACCGACAAUUUGAGAUAUCCGUGCGGGCGAAGACAUCACCGCAAUUAAAAUUGCACACAAAAUCCCAAGUGCAAUCAGCAUGACCGGAAACUGGAGAGUAACCGAGACGGCAGUCACGUAGCAAGAAAUGCUCGAGUGGAUUGGCAUAUGUUGCUGUAGUUCUUUCGUCUCAUGUAUUUGCUCAUUGAUAACCAGUACCUUUUGUUUAUCCCCUCGCGGUGUUCGUCUACGUGGAAGUAUGAGCAGAACAAAUAAGAAUAAAAAGCUAGAACAAUCCCAACAUGGAGUUUGCGUAACAAGAAGAAAAGGAUCAUCAGAUCCGAAACGUAAUCGUGGUGUGACCAGUAUGGGAUUUUGUGAAAAUUCCGAAAAUUCUUGCACCUGUCUUCCUCAAGGAUUAAAUAUAUUUUCCGAAAACUUUUCGUGCCCGUCUAAUAACCAAAGAUACUUGGGAUCGCAUAAUAUGCUUAGACAAUGUCCUUUGAUAAAAGCACCAUGCACGUGUACAGUACCAUCAGGACCUAUUUCCAGAUUCUCACCUCUUCAGGAUCCUAGUUGUUACAGCAUCCCUAACGAGAGCGAAUUUCGAAAGUGCAUCGAUGAAUACAAUGCAGUGUUCAAACAAUACAACGAUCUGAUCGGUAGCAGAGAAACAACUAGGAUCGAUUCUAAGAAGCUUGAUAAUCCUAUUGGUCCUUCGAAAGGAUCAACAUCUUGUGGGGUUACGUGCUCGGCAACGACUGAAGUUACAGAAGAUGGUCGUACCUCGGUCACGAGAGCGUCGUCCAAGAAAAUGAACAGUAAAAAUACUGAUAGGAAAUCGAGGAGUCGUAGAUCCUGUGGGAAAUCUAGUAGCGACGGUAAAAUUCGUAAAACAGAUAAGAAAAGGAUCAGUCAAAGGGAUAUGAAGCAUCGUCAUAAUGAAGGUUCUGAAAAUGUGAAAGUUCAAGAAUGCUUAAGAAAGUCAACUUACGACAAUAAGACACCUUGUUAUUACAUUGAUAACCAUAGUGAUCCUUUGCGAAAAAGUCCUUCCGUACGAUCUUCCUGGCUGCAGAAGACAGUUAAGAAAAUUUGUGAAAGAAGCAAAAAGGACGACUGUGAGCGAUGCUUGUGCGACCUCGUAGUGAACGAUGUCCUGGGGGAUUCUAUGGUACGACAGUGCCGUAUGAUAGACCGUGGAGCCACGGGGAAAGAUCUGGUUCAUGGAAAAAGAUAUUGAAAAAUAAUAAUUGAAAAUAAGACGGUGACAAUAAUAUGAAUAAAAUAUAAAAAUAAAUAGUCUUGCAGGUGUAACCGUAAAUUAGAAUUUUUCUAUCUAACUUUUCUUUCUGAUAUAUUUAACGCAUAAAGUCUGUUGGAAAAUUUUGGAAAAAUUUCGUAUUUUUCAAAUGCCAACUUUUUUUGGAUUGAUAAUUCUUCUUGGAAAAUCAAAUGCGGUUACGUAACUUUAGUAGGGAAUUGCUUCAGGGGCUGAUCCGUUGGAUUAAGGGUCCGUAAUACCGAAUGCAGUGAUAUCAUAAUAAUGGUAACAAUGCUAGAACUGACGACAGUUCAAUAUCCCACUUUUGUAUAUGUAUAUGUAUAUGCAUACGUGGGGGAUUUGUAUUCAUAAUUGACGGGAAGUUUGCAAAUGUAUUUCACCAUGGUGGUGCGGUUACGGUGGCAUUGUCCCCCAUAGAGGAAGACCACCUUCAGGGACCGUGUGUUACCACCUAUGGUGUACUUUGCUGCUGAUUUAUUUUUCUACAGCUUUUGUGCUCUUCGUAUUAUUAAUGACACGUAUGGCGCACCUAGAGGACGAAAUGGAAAACGGUCUCGUACCCCAUAAAAAUAUUAGUGAAAUUUGUUAAUAUAGCGAAUUAAAGUUAAUGAUCCCUCAUGGCAUAUACAGUUGGAUUAUUAAAUAUACGAAAAAAU